UUUCUUGAGGCAUUAUUCUGCAUAUCAUACCAUUCACCCAUUUCAAGCCUACAAUUCAGUGAUUUUUAGAGUAAAUUUGCCAAGUUGUGCACCCAUCACCGUAAAUCGGUGUGGGAACGUUUCCACUGUGUCUCCUCGUGGCAUUAAGUGUUAGCUCCUGUCACCAGCUGUCUCCCAGCCGUAGGCAACCACUACUGAGUUGUGAGUCCUAAAGUAUGAUUCUAGACCUAGUCUAGGAGAAAGACUUUCUGUCUCUACAGAUUUGCCCUUUCUGGCUGUCUCCAUAUAUUGGAAUCAUACAGUAUAUGGUCUCACGUGUCUGGCUCCUGUCACUUAGCGUAAUGUUUUUUGCAGUUCGUCCUUGCCACGGCAUGGAUCAGUGUUUGUCCCCUUUUGUUGCCAAACAUCCCUCCAGUGUAUGGAUAUACUGCGUUUGGGUUAUUCACCAAUGGUUGGUACACGUUCAGGUUGUUUCUACUUUGGGGCCAUUACGAAUAAUGUUGCUAAUAGCAUUCACGUAUUACUGUUUACGAUUUAAAUUCGGUAGCUUUUCCCCCUCGAAUGGAGGCUAAAUUUUCCAGCAGAUGUGUCUUCUUCCCUUACUCUUUCUUCCUCCAGAUAUGGACAGUAGAGUUCCCACAGACAGCAACCAAAGUUACUAUUAAUGUUCUAAUAAAUAGCCUCAGGGGGUUAAAUAGUCCAGAGAAGAAAAGGCCUGUUAAUCUAAUAGCAGUGUUUUAUUCCAGGAUGGUUUAUGAGAAACUGGUAGCCAAAUGCCCUCCAUCUUCAUGGAAAGUAAAGGAGGGGAACUGGAUCUAAACCUCAGUGAAAGCCACUUCCGCUGGGCCUGAGGAAGCGUGUUUUAUGUGGCGGUGGCUGCUAUCAGGUUAAUUUGCAAUGUUAUAAAAACAAAGCCCAUGCAAUUUCCUCUGAGAGGAGCUCAUGUGAAUGGAUUCCAAUCUGUCCGAGGCCAGAUGGCCCUGUGAUCCCCUAAAAGGAAGAUGGUCCUUUUGUGGUGCUUUCUUCUGUGUGGUUAGGGAAGACGUUCGGCCUUUGGUGUUCGCAGAGGCCACUUCAUUGUGCCCAUGAGACCAGUUAUUGGAGUCGCUGUGUCACAAAACCAGUCGUUGGGAGUGUUCUACACAAACCACUGGGUGUGGCAGAAGGAGACAUCGCUCCCAUGUCCUGGACAGAGCAGUGUCCCCCAGCUACUGUUCUCUCCCUGACACUGGCUAGAACAAUCAUAAUUCAAUUCUAGAAUUGCACAACUUACAAAGUAAUUUCACAUCUCAUCUCCUUUCGACUUUAUACACGAGCUUCGGCAGCUCCCGCUGAGAGGUAGACUGUCACCUGGCGGUUCAAAGCCUUUUCCAGCAUGAGUCUGUUCUGGGGAUCUGCCGUUAUGGCCUGUCGUGCCGGGCAAGGGACUGUCAUCACGUCGGUCUGUCACUUAAAGACCACGCAUCCUUUUAGCUCCUCUGUAUUUAUACUACGCUGUCCCUUCACAUCCGUCGUCUGUUUGAGGAACUCUGGCUUGCCCUGUAGUCAGGCCUGCACAUUACCUCGUGUGUAGGUAAAUGCUCUCCUUGGCAGAAUUCAUCGCACCCCUUUCGGGCACCCACCAUGCUUGAUAAUACAGCACCAUACCUUUCCUCAGUAGCCUACCUUCCCUGAAUUUUUCUUUACUCAUCGCGACUAUUAUGUCUUUCAAAGGAAUUCUGUGAUACCUAAAUACCAAAGAAUACUAUAUGCAGAUGUAAUAGUUUAGUAUUAAUAGUAGAAAUGUAAACAUAGAUGUCAGGUUAUAAUUACAACCAGUUUUCGGAGGGCGUCCUCGAAUCUUGAGCACAGCAGUCCUGAUGGGUUCACCUCUGGAUCCUAAACACUGAGCCCACAUCCUGAUACCUAACAAACGACCCUGAGUCAUUAGGAAAUAGGCAGAGAGAUGGUAUUAACCAUCAUUUUGCAGAUUUGAAAUUGAUUUCCAAAAUGCUAAGCAAUGUGAUGGUUUAGUUAUUAUGUCCUGGCCACCUUUCCUUGAGUUCACUGGUAGACCUUCCAGAGACCUCUGACGGGCUGGUGCCCUCCCUCUCUAGCUAGCAUCAAAGGUAGGGUCUCUCAAAGUAUUGUGCGGGACUGCUCGUCAUAGACUGACUUUGGAUACUUACUGAAAAAAAUCAAACCAAAUUUCCCAAAUGCAACAAAAGCCAGACCCAAGAUCAGAAAUGAGAGGACAGUCUAUUAUCAUUAGGGAAACGCACAUCAAAACCGUAAUGAGAUGUUAACACCUCGUACUCAUUACGACUGCCGCCCGUCAGGAUGGCGGGAAGGAAGGGAGGGCAGGAAGGAGUGUUGUGGAAAACAGUAUGGAGGUUCUUCAAAAAAUUAGACACCGAGUUACCAUAUAACCCGACAGUUCUGCUUCUGGGUAUAUAUUCCAAAAGAACUGAAGGCAGAAACUUGAAGAAAUACGUGUCCACCCACAUUCGUAGCAUUAUUCACAAAAGCCAAAAAGUGGAAGCAACCUUUUGGUUGCUUCCCAACAGACGAGUGGAUAGACAAAAUGUGUUCCGUACAUACAGUGGAAUAUUGUUUAGCUUUGAAAAGGAAAUAAAUUCUGACACAUGCUACCACACGGAUGGACCUUGAACACAUCAUGCUGGGUGAAAUAAGCUAGUCACAAAGGGACAAAUCCUAUGUGAUUCCUCUUACACGAGGUACCCUAGAACAGUCAAGUUCAUGGAGACAAAAAGUAAGAAUAGUGGUUGUCGGGGCCUGGCAGGAGGUAGGAACAGGGAGUUAGUGUUUAAUGGGGACAGAACUUCAGUUUGGGAAGAUGAAAAGUUUUCUGGAGAUGGAUGGUGGUGAUGGUCGCACGAUAAUAUGAAGGUGCCUCAUGCCAUGGAACUGAGCUCUUAAAAACAGGAUGGUGAAUUCUAUGUUAUAUGUAUUCCACCAUAGUUUUUAGAAAUUUAAUUCAAAUUUUAAAAAUAGGGCGCCAAGAGGUGUGUACUGUUUGACUCCAUAUAUUUAAGGUACAGCAAUUGACCGAUGGUGUUCGUCAUCAGAAUAGUGGUUACCCUUGGGAGGGACGAGGCUCUGGGGGUGGUAAUAUUCUAUCUCUUGAUCUGGCUGUGAAGAUAUGGGCGUGCACAGUGUGUGAAAUUCUCUGAGCUCUACAUAUGCCUGUUACACUUCAGAAAAGACUCCAAAAAUGUACAUCAUGAGCCCGACAGCAGGCUACAGAAUCAGAAUCUCUGAGGAUGGGACCUAGGGACCCUGCAUCUUAAUCCCCCUACCCUCUUCCAAGUUUUUCUUAAGAACACUGGACUUGGGGAAUCUUUGCUAAAGGAGAGGGAUUAGGGAACUAUCCUCCCAAUGAUCAAGAAUUCUGUUCUGCUCUAACAACAAAUCUUCCUUAGGAAAGACAUUCUUGACAUCUUUGAGUCACUUAGCUUCUGUUGGGGAAAUGCAUGGUCAUCUUUCAGAUGUGGAGAAGUCAAUGAUGUAUAGAAGCAUGUAUUUUAAUAUAUUACAUUUUAAAAUAGUAUUUUUGGUAAUUCGUCAUGCACACAAUAGCUUACGAAUAUUUUACUGAGGUGCUGUAAAAACUGGCAGGUGCUAGGACCUAAUGGAAAUCAAGUAUUCAGUAGGAGGGGAGACAUAGCACCAUGGGGUGUGGUGCCCUGUUAGCAGGUACAGAAAAGCCAGUUCUUCCACCUAUAAGCUAAUGAGACUUCAUUUCAGCUCUCUCCACGCCAUCUGCAAGGUAUCAGCAGCUUUUACACUUGCUUGUUAAACCAAAAGCAUGUUUCUGGCAAAGGCUUUAUUGGAAGGGGCUGAUCGGGGUCUUGGGGAAGCUCUUGGAGGCCUUCUUGGAGGAGGCGGUCAGAGAAGAGGAGGAGGAGGUGGAGGAGGAAGAAAUAUUGGCGGCAUAGUUGGAGGAAUUGUGAAUUUCAUCAGCGAGGCUGCCGCAGCUCAGUACACCCCAGAACCCCCUCCCACUCAGCAGCAUUUCACCAACGUGGAGGCCAACGAAAGUGAGGAAGUUCGUCGGUUUCGGCAACAGUUUGCACAGCUGGCUGGGCCGGACAUGGAGGUGGGUGCCACCGACCUAAUGAAUAUUCUCAACAAAGUCCUUUCUAAGCACAAGGACCUGAAGACCGACGGCUUUAGUCUUGACACCUGCCGGAGCAUCGUGUCUGUGAUGGACAGUGACACGACCGGCAAGCUGGGCUUCGAAGAAUUUAAGUACCUCUGGAACAACGUCAAGAAAUGGCAGUGCGUUUAUAAGCAGUAUGACAGGGACCAUUCUGGGUCUCUGGGAAGUUCUCAGCUGCGAGGGGCUCUCCAGGCAGCAGGUUUCCAGCUAAACGAGCAACUUUACCAGAUGAUCAUCCGCCGGUACGCCGACGAGGAUGGAAGCAUGGAUUUCAACAAUUUCAUCAGCUGCCUGGUCCGCCUGGAUGCCAUGUUCCGUGCCUUCAAGUCUCUGGAUAGAGAUGCAGGUGGCCUGGUUCAGGUGUCCAUCCAAGAAUGGCUGCAGCUGACCAUGUAUUCCUGAAGCGGGCAGCGAGAAGCCAGCGCCCUCCCGGAGGACGGGACCGCCAAGAGCCUAGCCGCGCCGUCUGCACGGUGGCUGAUACCCUGCCCAACAGCUGUCAUUUCCUGCGAGCUCUUGCACCGGCCUGAAUGCUUCUGAACUGGGGGCGGCCCUUUAAACAGCUUCAUUAAAACAGAUUUUUUUUUUUUUUA